GAGGUGCGCUCGACGGAAAUGGCCUUUUCGCCGUGGUCGCGUACAUGGAGAUGCAUUGGAGUCCAAGCAACAAUCGUACAUGGAGAUGGCCUCCUGGUGCUGUCGAGGGAAAUCCCAGGUCUUCGCCGCGGCGUUUCCUCCCUUGUGCCUCUGGCCUCCAUAAAGUCGCCCCUUCCCUCUGCAGGGCAGCUAGAUCAUACAGCAUCAGAGAGGUUCCAGACCAUCCAUCUCCCCUUCCCUCUGCAGCAGUAACGCCGGCCGAUCGAUCAUGGCACCUGCAUCGACGCACGGCGAGCACUUCGCGGAGGUGGUGUUGGUGCGCCAUGGACAGACGGAUUGGAACGUCUCCCGCAUCAUUCAGGGACGGAUCGAUCAGGAGCUGAACGAAACUGGUAGGCAGCAAGCUGCCAAGGUUGCCCGUCGUCUGUCGGAAGAAGCCAAGCCAGCUGCCGUCUACUCCUCUGACUUGAAGCGUGCUUCCCAGACUGCGCAAACGAUCGCAGCGCAUUGCUGCGUAUCUGAUUCUGAUCUGGUGAUUGAUCGGGCACUGACGGAAAGGCACAUGGGAUUGUUCCAAGGUUGGACCAUUGACGAUGCCAAGAGAUCUGAAGCUUACAAGGCUUUCGCACGUGGUGGCAGAGACCAAGAAAUACCUGGUGGUGGGGAGAGUCUUGAUCAACUUUCCGAGCGCUGUGUUUCCCGCUUGAAUGCAAUCGCCGAGAAGCACAAGGGUGAGCGGGUGGUCGUCGUCUCUCAUGAGGCAGUCAUAGAGGAAAUCUGCAGGCAUGCCGAUCCAACGAUCUCGGUUGGCAGGAAAAUUCCUAACACCUCAAUCAGUGUUGUCCAUGUCUCCGGUUCCGAUAGCCGCUGGAUCCUGGAGAAGUUCGGAGACGCCGAACAUCUCACCGGAGAUGGCUUCCCGCAGAGUGGACCUGAACAAGCUAUUCAACAAGCUCUGUCUGAGGAUGCAUUAUGCAACAAAGGCAAGAACAAGCAAGUCAUUGGAAGCCACAAGACCUCCAGGAAGGUAAUCAACUCCAAGAGAGAGAAAAGCAAAGAGAAGAUCGAUGAGAUUGAAUCCGAGGAAUCACGCAAGAAGAUCAAGAAGUAGCAAGAUCUUAUUUGCUAUCUUCAUUAUUAGUUUAUCCUGUAUCAUGAUGGGAAUGGUUGAGAUUUUGUUAAACUGUAAUGUCUUGGGGAUGUGGACUUCUUUAUUAUCCCUUAUGAACAUGUGGUUGAUCCUGGUGAUCUUUAUCUUAAUUAGAAUGUUUAUUUAUUU